UAGCCUUGCUUUGUUUCUCACAAUCUCCUCUCUUGGCUUGUGUUCUCUCUUAUUUUUCAGAGAUGGCAUCUGCAGAUAUCGAGUACCGGUGCUUCGUCGGCGGCCUCGCUUGGGCCACAACCGACCACGCCCUCCAGGAGGCCUUCAGUACCUUCGGUGACGUCCUUGAAUCGAAGAUUAUCAAUGAUCGGGAGACCGGUAGAUCUCGUGGUUUUGGAUUUGUGACAUUCAGCAACGAGAAAUCUAUGAGGGAUGCUAUUGAAGGAAUGAACGGUCAGAAUCUUGACGGCCGUAAUAUUACUGUGAAUGAAGCCCAGUCUCGCGGAAGCGGAGGCGGAGGAAAUGGGGGUUACAGCCGUGGCGGCGGCGGCGGCGGUUAUGGUGGUGGAGGACGACGUGAAGGUGGUUAUGGAGGGGGCUACAACCGUGGCGGUGGUGGAUAUGGUGGCGGUGGUGGGUACGGUGGAGGCCGUGACCGUGGAUAUGGAGAUGGGGGUUCUCGGUACUCCAGGGGUGGAGGAGCUUCUGAAGGGAACUGGAGAAAUUAGGAUACUGGGAUGAGGGGCCGUCGACCUGUCUGGGGUAAGGGGAGACUCGAUAAGGGAAAAUGUGCAAGGAUGCGCUGCCACUGAGCCACCGUUGAGCCGAAAUGAAGUGUAAUGGAGAGGAGGAAAGUCUUCACUGUGAGUACCCUUGGAAGUCCUUAACGAUGCUCUGAUAUUUCCAUCGGAAAAAAAAAAAUCUGAACUACUGCAUUCCGGAUACCCCAAACCAUAACCUUGUGUUUGGAUCCUGCAAGAGAAAUAGAGAAAUUAAAUAAUAGAGAGAUUAAAGAAUUAGAGAAGAAAAGAAUUUUGAUUUAUCUUGGAUAAAGGAGUAGUUUAGAGUAGAAAUCAAAUUUCUUGUAGAGAAGAUAUAUAAGCGUUGCAUACCUAUUUCCCUCCCUUUCCUUUUGCCACCAAAUUGGGAGAAAUUUGUAAUAAACUGGGAAAUGCUAGUGUUUUUUCCUUUUA